AUGGAUGCUGAUACAAAUAAAAAUCUAUUUACAGAACUUUAUAUAAAUAUAAAACAACAAGCAGAAAAAUCAGUAUCAAUUCUUGUUGAUCAUGCAUAUGAAAUAGAAAAUUUUCUAAAAAGUGAUCUAUUUUCUAAUAAUGAAUGUAUUAAUCAUGAAAAUUCUACUUCAUCAAAUAAUCAAUUGAAUACAAUUAUUUAUUCUGUUCAAAAUCAUUUACGUAAUUUUAUUGAAAUAGUUGAAUAUUUAACAUUAUGGCUUGAAUUAGAAAUUCCAGCCUAUAGUGAAAGUGAUGAUUUUCAUAUUGUUGUACAAAAUGAAAUUCUUGAUGAAAUAGCUUUAAUGAAAGCAAAUUGUGUUACAUAUAUGGGUCAAAUUGUUGAUUAUCGUGAACAACGUGCUGUAGCUAAUAAAGAAUUAUUUAAACGACCUCAAUUAGAUGAUAAUUAUCAUUUAAUUUCUAAUCUUGAUUAUCAAUUAUAUAGAAAUUUAAAAUUAAUGCUUAUCGAAAUGAAAUCUUAUAUUUUACGUAUAUGUAAUAUAUUAACAAAAAAUAAACAUUUAAUUAAUAGAUCAUCAUCUUAUCAUCAACAUGUAAAUAAUUAUUUCUAA